AUGCUUCCACUCAUGGGGGAGCCAGAGUCUGCCUAUGGCGGUCGACUGUUUUCUCCGACAAGGCGCUCGUUCCGGACGCCGUCAGGGGGUUUCCUCAUCUUCGCCCAGCGGGGAGUUUGUGCGGCACAGGGUGGGGGAUCCUCUGGAGAGGCCACGGAUCUCAGGCAGGCGAGCGGCAGCCUCGCAGAGAACCAGCAACAGGGGCCGUCAGAAGAAGAGGCGGGGCAACCGUGCACUCGCUGCGAGGCAGCCCCGACGAGAAAAUACCAGAUUUUUUGCGAAAACUGCGGCGACGUGCUCGUGCCGCAGUAUGGAGAUGCGGGCAAGGCCGACUUUUCCUACUUCGAUUUUCUGCAAAUGGCUCCCACAUUCGACAUCGAUCGCGCUGCGUUGGACACGAAAUACAAGCAGUUCGAGAAGCGAUUGCAUCCCGAUAAGCACGUCCUUGCUAACCAGACGCGCGUGGACGAAGGGCUUGAAGCUGAUCGCGUGACCGACAGCGAUCUUCUUCGGGAAGUCUUCGAGCUGAACGAAGCGUUGGAAAUGGUGACCUCGCGAGCGGAGCUGGAGGAAUUUAAAAGGCGAGUGGACGCGCUUCUAGACGAGGAUGAGAGGGAUCUGUCGAGCCGGUUUCGAGAUAAGGAUUUCGACGGAAUUCGCAGCCUCAUACACAGGUAUCAAAUGCACGCUAAGCUUCAGGAGAGCAUUAAGGACUGGAGUCCACCUGAAUAG